AUGAAGUACUUCACCCUCCUCCUCGCUGUGCUCAGCAUUCUGGGCCUCGUGGCCGCGCAGAUCCCUAUCAAGCCGCCGGCGUACUACGGUGCCCCUAGCACGCCUAAGAAGAAGACACUCAAGCGUCGCGAUAUCGGACCUCGCACCGGGCGACCCCACGUCGUCAACGUCGCCAAUGUCAGGAAGCCGGUGCACGCGCGCCCCAGACCUGAAGAGGAAUGA